AGUCGACCGUAAUACUUGUAAUAAACUCACUUUUUUAGGGAAGCUCUCAAAGUUUUCGUGUAAUUAGGCGCAGUAAGGCUUGAGGUGCCACAUCACAAAAUAUGGAAUUUAUGCGGAGGAAAAUGAAGACUAUUGUUUUUCUGAAUGCACUUGUAACGGUUAUCUGGUGUGCCUCUCCGCGCUGCAACCCUGAAGACGAAUUUCUCGGUCGUUUUUGCAAAGAACCAGAACCUGAAAAACCCAAGUGCGUGGACAUCAUGAUGAACUACUGCGACGACAUGUCCUACACCCACACCAUGUUCCCCAACAUCCUGGGCCACAGGACCCGUGAGGAGGCCGAGCUGGGCCCCGAGUACCUCCUCCUCAGUGUGGUCCACAACCUGCUCAAUGGAGAGUGCACCCCGGACAUCCGCAUGCUGGGCUGCUCAGUGCUGGUGCCACGCUGUGAGAAGGAGAAAGUGCUCAAGCCGUGCAGGAGUACCUGCGAGGCGGUGCGUAAGAGCUGUCGCCACGCCUUCGAGGGCAUCGAGAUGGCCUGGCCCUACUUCUUGGACUGUGACCGCUUCUUUGUCAGCGACCAGGAGGGUUGUUACGACCCACUGGAGGGCCUACGAGUGACACAGGAAGAAGACCAGGCCAGUAUAGAUAAUACCCCUGAGGAGCCUCAUACUGUCAUCCAGUUUAGCUAUCAGUCUAACACCCAGAUGAACAGCAUCCUGAAGAAGACUGCAGCGCAAUGCCCCGAAAUCGCCACAACUUACAGCAUCGGCCGCAGUGUGGAGGGCAAAGACCUGCUAGUGAUUGAGUUCUCAAACAACCCUGGAGUACAUGAAUUACUUGAACCGGAGAUGAAGUACAUAGGCAACAUGCACGGGAACGAGGUGCUGGGUCGCCAGCUGUUGAUCUAUCUGACCCAGUACCUGUGUUCAGAGUACCUGCUGGGGAACCAGCGCAUCCAGAGCCUGAUCAACACCACGCGUAUCCACAUCCUGCCCUCCAUGAACCCUGACGGCUAUGAGUUGGCUGCUGCUGAGGUCCAGGGCACCAACGACCCCGAGAAUGAGGAGGCUCAGAACUACCACAGCUGGACGCUGGGUCGAGGUAAUGCCCAAAACAUUGACCUGAACAGGAACUUCCCUGACCUGACCGCUGUCGCCUACGGCCGCCGCAGACACCGGCAUUUCCGUAGCGACCACAUCCCAAUCCCAGACGCUUACUGGUUUGAUAAGGUAGCUCCAGAGACAUACGCAGUCAUGAAGUGGAUCAGGUCCAUUCCCUUUGUGCUCUCAGCUAACUUCCACGGAGGAGAGCUGGUGGUGUCCUAUCCCUACGACCUCUCCAAACACCCACUAGAGGAGAAGAUGUUCUCCCCCACGCCAGACGAACAGGUAUUCAAGCAGAUAGCGAGAACAUAUGCAGAUGCCCAUGCCACCAUGUCAGGAAAUAACUCUGAAAGGUGUGGGAGCUUUGGCAGCAUCGGCCAGGACGGAAUCAUUAAUGGAGCAAAGUGGUACAGUUUCGCAGGUGGUAUGCAGGACUUCAACUACCUCCACACUAACUGUUUGGAAGUGACGGUGGAGUUGGGCUGUGAUAAAUUCCCAGCUGAGGAGGAGUUAUACACAGGCUGGCAGGACAACAAAGAGGCUCUGCUCACAUUUAUGGAGUCGGUGAGAGACCUCAAACCCAGCAAUUCAUUCCAAAACAUCCCCCAAUCAACCCUUCUGUUUUCAAUCACUCCUUUUAACAGAUCUGAGAGGACUUCUCCACUAACACUGCUUCUCAAUGUUUCCCAGGUCCACCGUGGAAUAAAGGGAAUAGUAAAGGAUGCGGAUGGGAAUGGAAUCAAAGGUGCGAGGAUAUCUGUCCGAGGAAUAAGGCAUGACAUCACAACAGCUGAAAACGGAGACUACUGGCGCAUGCUAACUGCUGGCAUCCACAUCCUGACUGCCUCUGCACCAGGCUACACCAGGGCCAUGAAGAAGAUCCACCUCCCGGCACGCAUGCAGAAAGCAGGCCGGGUGGACUUUGUUCUGCAGAAGGCAGUGGUGGAGCCUGACAUAGAGGAGGACUAUAACAUCCCUUCCAUGGGAACCUAUGAGCGCUUUGACCCCUACAACCAGUUUGAGCGCUAUUCCAUUAGGGAGCAGAACCAGAACAGAGAGGAGAGGCAGGAGAAACCAUGGUGGUGGAGCUACUUUAGCCGCGCCCACGGAUCUGCUCCCACCUGGCUUCUCAGAAUUGAUUAGAGCUUCUCCACUGCAAUAAAAUAGAAUAUUCUAUGGCUAAUUCUAUGGUUCUCGUUCCUCCUAUAGCCCUCUUUCUCAACUCUGGUCCCUGAGUACCAUCAAGGUUUGCAGAUGUCUGUUACAACUCAAUACUAGCAAACAUAAUUCAAUUAAUCAACGGCUUGAUAGUUAGUUGAAUCAUGUGUGCCUGUAUAGGGCUUGAAUAAAAAAUUUGCAACCCUGGGGUUUCUCGGGGACCAGAUUUGAGAACACUGCAUUACAGGAUCAAAGACAGGCUACUAUUUGAGUUGAAUAUGAUUGACAUAAUCUUAUCAUAAAAGUAACACAUUUUAACGUUACCAUUAUUAUCCGUUGCUUCAAACUUGUCAUAACUGAAUUUAAAGAGGAAAUAGCUAGUUGGCUGGCCAUCAAGUUGUUCAUGAUAGCAAUAUGUAAAUUUAAAAAGGCAUAGUUAAUUUAAAGUGUUUUCUCCUAAAGGUAGCCCCCCAUUCUCAAGCUUUUGCCCUGUUAUGCUGCUUCACUUUAUGCCCAUAAUGCAACACCGGAAGGUUGAACGACUCAAACCAUUUGUCUCUCCACCCUUACAUAUUUGUACAUGUUUAUAAUAAAACAUGAUUAAAUAACAAUAACUAUUGCUACUACUGGCUUUUUGUAUGUUAAAUAAAAGAGAGAAACAUU